GCCCGUAAGUCCACAUGUUCUCAAAAUGAUUGGACUCAUUGAGAAUAUGAGUCGGCUGGAUCAGCAAUUUUCUCAGGAAAUGGCUAUAGACACCAUCCUCCAUUCUCUUCAUAGCGGGUAUGAUCAGUUCAAACUGAACUACAGUAUGAAUAGUCUGGACAAAACGCUCACUGAGCUUCACGGUAUGCUGGAGACCGCUGAAAAGACGCUCAAAAGUGAUAAGCAGGAUGUGCUUAUGGUGCGUGGGGGCAAGUUCAAGAAAUCUGGAAAGAAGAGGAAUGCUAAGAAAGGUGGCAACAAGGCCAGCCCAACUAAGCAAACUGGCGCCAAAUCUGUAAAGAGGAAGGUCAGUCAACCCACUUCUGAAUCCGAAUGCUUCUACUGCAAGAAGAAGGGGCAUUGGAAGAGAGAUUGCUUGAAGCUAAAGGAAGAUCAGAAGAACGGAACAGUCGUUCCAUCUUCAGGGACUAAGAAGAAGUAGAAAGUUAAGCAAGGGUGAAGUCGACCUACGAGUGGGAAAUGGAGCACGGAUUGCUGCAUUAGCUGUAGGAACUUAUUAUUUGUCGUUGCCCUCCGGGCUAGUUUUG